AAUAAAAUAUUUUAAAAAACUUUUACAACCUGAAAAAAAAAAACCAAAAACUAUGAAAUCGCUUCUAUUAAUGAUUGCCGCCAAGGCGCUGCCGAUUUUGGCGCUUAGUUUUGUGCUCUGUCUGCUGCUCUACAAGAUGUACGUGCACGUGCGCUCACGUUUCGGCAUAACGGUAAACUGCUGGUUCUGUAACACAAACUCGCGCGUGCCGUACGGCAAUCGCAACAGCUGGAACUGUCCCGAAUGCGAGCAGUAUAAUGGCUUUACCGGCGAUGGUGACUAUAAUCGUGAUAUAUUCGCUCAGCGCGACUGCAGCAUACGCUGCGACUCCUCGAUGGAGAGCAACAGCGGCAUCAUGCGUAACGGGCUCUGUGCCAAUGCUUACUAUGGCAACGCUAUGGCCGGCGGAACGCCGCCACCGCAAGAUAACGGACUGUGCGACCAGUGCAACGAGGCGCAGCGCCUAAAGAUUGAGAAGCUGGCCCAGUUCGAGCCGCGUAUCGAGGCGCGCUUCGACCAGGAAUUGAAACGCUUUAAACAAGAGCUGGAAGAGCGCUAUCGCCUCUGCACCACCUGUGAGCGCCAUGUCAACCGUGUGCUCCACGAGAAGAAGAAAAUGGUGCUGGGCGCUAAGCUGUUGAAUUUCAUUAUGAAGGGCGCCGCCUUGCUCAAGCAGCCGCACUAUGAGCGUCUCGCUCAUGCCCAGAAGCAGCGCUGCCUGAUGCGCUACCAGCUCUGGAUGAAGCUGAUGACAAUGGUCAACAUCGUCUGUCUGCUGUGCACCCUGCCCACGGCCACACCGGAGCAGUUCACCGAGUUGCUGGGCAACAUACUGGCCAAGCCCGCCUAUUUCGUCUACACGCACGCCCUGACCAUGCUGCAUCUGACCAUCGCCUAUGCCAGCGAGUGGCUGGCCGCACAGGCCUUCCUCUCAAAGCUCUGGAUGUUUGCCGCCGUCGUGGGCAAACUGGUCUUCUACACCGUGGGCACGCCGCAGUCCCUAGCCGACGAGGUCACCUUCAACAGCUGCUACACCAGCUUCUAUCCGUAUGCCAUGCUGGUCAUCAGUUUGAUUAGUAACCUUGUCUCUGGAUUCAAGUUGACUCGCUAUACCGUGCUGCUCGUCCUGUGGAGCAUCUAUGCCAAAGGCUCCUUUUUGAUCUUUGAGGCCAUCAAUGGGAUCACCUUCAUUCUGUUGGGCAGCUUGUCCACCCUGAUCCUGUUGUAUAUGCGCGACGAGAGUCGCCUGGAGCAUCUGUCGGCUUCCGAAAGCUUCCAUCGCCUGUGCACAGACGAGUGCAUCAACGACGAGGAGACUAUCAGUAUGAUCAGCGAGCAGCUGAGCUGCAAUGCGAGCAACAACAGCAAUGCCAGCAACCUGUCCGUGCUGAACUCCAACUGUCCGACUCCGAGCCCGGCCCCGACUCAAGUGCCAGCCCGGACCCCGACCCCGAGACCGAAUCCCCCCCCACAGCUGCGCAGCGGCAGCCUCAACAGUCUGGGCAAGCCCCUUAUUGCGCCUUCGGUGUUGUCCAUGGGCUCGCUGCGUGUCUCUUCGCAGCGCACACACCUCAAUCCGAUGUCCCCAUCCCCGGUGCCUUCACCGACGCCAGCCUCCAGCUACAAUCCCAACUAUCACACCCAGACGUCCAUGUACUCGGCCGGCAGCUUGGACCAACAGUGCUGGCGCCGCAACUAUGCCGUGGGCGUGAGCACGAUUGGAGAGGAUGGUAUUUGGCAGCGCAGCGGCAUUAACUCCAAUUAUCAGACUUCUGGACAGACAAUUUAUGGCCUUGAUCAGCGUCCGAUGACGCGCUCCAACAACAACUUGCUCUAUCCGUCGCACCUCGUAUUGCAGCAGCAGCAGCGCGARAGCAACAUCUCCGCCUGGGUGAACGCCACCAGUGUCCAUACGCAGCCGGAACUGCUACAUGAGCCCAACACCGCCAAUCUAWUGCAGUGCAACAACAACAACACUCGCGACCUCUCACGCACCUCGUCCCAGUCCUCAGGCUUCGAGUCGCAGCUGGGCAAUCAGCGUCCCGAGCCAUCACAGUGGGGAUCAGUAUCCGGACAGGACCAGGCAUCGCUGAACAAUCUGAAUCCGAGUGUGGGACGCGAUUACCCAUUGCCGUUGCGCGUGCAAUCGCCUCAGGGCUCGCCGUACGCUGGACAGGUGGUUCACGAUAUUCGUCCCGGGGAUCUGUUGCGCAAGUGGAUGGAACGCGACGGAACCGCCAAGGCCAAUUGAUUAAUCAUCUAGUCUUCUUCUAGUUCAUUAGUUGGUUUGUGUUCAUUCGUUAAACUUUCAGGUUUUUUCUUUCUAA